UCCAAAACCACUCGUAAUUGGUUCACACCCAGCGCUCAAGAAGCAACAACGAUGUUUGCCGUUGUCAACCCUCCAGCAAUGUCUCAGCCAAACAAGCGCGCGAGCACCAAACUGCCAAGUGGAACAUCACCAUCGGUGGCGACCAACAAGCAACCACCACAAUACCAAUCAACAAGUAGCACAACCGAAGUGCUGCCACGGAUACAUGUGCGAACGGUGUCACAGCUUGGUGCCAUUCUGCAGCAGAACGCUCAGCUGCAGCCCGUCACGGCGAAUCCCGAGGUCCAACAGCCUCCAUCACAAUCACCAAAGCAGCAAGAAGCAUCGCCUCACAAUCGAUCCAAGGCGUCGGGGCGGAAUGCGCCGUCCACUUCCACACAGCCUGUCGGCGCAACGCCUUCAACCGGCAAACGAAAGCCAGGACGUGCUGCACUGGAGCAAGUCCUCGCGCUGCCCAACUUUGCGGAAAUGCUCAGUAAUACUCAACGUAUCCAGAUGGUGUGGAGCCUCGUUACGACUGGACUGGGGUCUUGGCCCACGGCGACCUGCAAAGACUCUAUUGAAAUCUCUUUUGUGCCAGGGUCGCCAGCUCUUCAACAACUGAUUGCCAACGCCGGUUUUAACCCAUUUCUACAGAUCACUGUCCCAAGAACCAAAAAGAUUCGCAGCUUGAUGCGUCACCUGCAGGACAAGUGGACUGUUCCAGACUCAUCGGGGGUGGUUCGACCACUGUUGCAAUCCGUGCAGUUCUCGCCACCCAAGCAAAUGCUCGAUCAGGGAGAUGGUCUGGUGACACAGACCUUUGCAUGGACGGAUGCGAAUGUGGGGGAUUUUCGGGUGGACCACCUGUACAUGGCCUUGUUUUGCCCCUCUCCGCUCUUGAUUGAGUACGAUUCCAAGGCCAUCACUCUGCUCCCGACCAUGUCUCCAAGGGGAGGAGUCGCCUCCACUAGCACGCCCGGUCCUGGUGCGGCCGUUCCUGCUGCUUCAUCUCCUGCCGUCAAUGUCAAUCACGGUAUGCCUUCGCCGCCGUCUUCUUCCAACCGGCUGCAGUCCUCGCCAAAUCUUUUGUUGCGCCCAACCAUCUCCCCUUCAAGCACGUCGGCGGUCCAGCAGCAGUCAGCGGCGGCAGCGCCAUCUCAUCCUUCCACAGCCCGACGUGUGCUGGUCGCACCUCCGACAACAGCGUUGGACGAGCAAUCACCCCUCGCUUCCUUGUUUGACGACGAUGCUGCUGUCAUGGCUGAGGACUCGCCGCACUUCCACCAGUCACAGAGCAACACGACACAGUCACACGCGCAGCCUGCGCAACACCAGCUCCACCAAAUGAUUCUGGAACGGUCGCAGUCGUCGCCGCCCACCAACGCUCAACCCGCCCAAACCGCAUCUCAGCAAUAUCACCAACGACUGACUAGCGGCGCGGAAACGCAUGUGAGUAAACAGCCAUCGACGUUGACAACGACUACUACAACUCCGGUGAAGCAAACCAACGAUGACAAGUUUGCCACCCCCGCCCGACCCCAAGCCCCGACUGCUUCUGGGCCAGCAGCCGCGACCACAGUUCAAGCUCCUCCUUCCGGGGCUCUACUCUCACAAGCCUUUAGCAAUUUUACCCUUGAUCCGUGCGAGGCCAGUGCAGAUGGAUUUUGGGGCGCUCGUGGAGUCGAUGGCUCAAACCAAGCAUCCAAGACGAUGGCAAACGAUCACUUGAGCUUGCGCUUGGAUUCAUCGCUUGGUUUGUCGCAGCUGGGCUUGGCCAAUUCGCGGUCGCUGUCGCUGCUUCGUGAAGAGUUUGGAAUUCGUGGCGCCAAUGCCUCGAAUCCACCACCCCAGCAACAACCUCUGAAUUCAGCUGCAGCCCAAUCUCAGUCAUCUCAGCAACAGCAGCAGCAGCAGCAGCAGCAGCAGCAGCAGCAGCAACAACAACAGCAACGGCCGCAACAGCUUUCUUCCCAACCACCACCCAUGCAACCAUUAGAACAACAACAGCAGCAGCAACAACAACAACAACAACAACAACAACAGCUGCAGAAUGAGGCUCUGUUUGAGCCUCCAAUCAGCCAAGACACGUGGUUUGAACGAGUAUCCAACGAGCUCGGCUUGAACUCCCAGAUUCCGUUGGAAACUGCUGCCAAAGACGUCCAAGAGUUGGCGGAAUCGCUGCGUCCUGCUCCUGCUGAUGGAACCGCAACUUCCCUGUUCCGGCUGACCGUCGUGCCAUCAGCUGCACGAAUUGCGGCUCAAGCAGCAUCUGCCGGCGGUCCUGCCGUUUUGGACGACGCGUUCAGCGCUGCCACCGCCGCCAUGAGUGGUGGCAGUCUGAGCUCGACGCCCGUAACGCCCAUGUUUACCUCCCUGAUCAAUGGAAGUGCUGCCUAUCAACGACGACGCACUAUGGAUGAGGCUGAACGACCCGUGAAACUGCGGCGGUUGUCUUCUGAUCAAGACACCUUUGAAUAGAC